AUGGACACCAACGUGCAGGAUCCCAAGGAACUUCAGGUGUUCGCGGCGUUUCUGACCAACGAGAAUGGCCAGACACCAGCACCGGCUCCUCCAUCUGGAGAGCCGGGGGCCCAGCCCAAGAGGCGCAGGGAGAGCGAAAAUCCACCGGAGGGCACCAGUCAGGGAUCAGGCUCGGCUGCUUCCGCCCCGGGGAUCUACCUGUCAAUGCCUCAAGGAUCCGGCAACCACCCGAAGGGCAAGGGCAAAAACAAGGGCAAGGGCAAAGGCGGCAAAGGAAAGGGGCAGCCUCCGCCCCGCCACCAGCAGGGCGACUGGAGCAGUUCUUCGUCCGAGUGGAGCCAGGGAUGGAACCAGGGAUGGGGCUCGAACAGCAACCGCUAUCAGGGCGACCUAGUGACGCAGAUCUCCAAGCUCCUCCUGCGACACGAGCUCCAGCUGCAGAAUCUCCAGGGGGACACCAAGCUCCAUCUCUAUCUGAGAACGGGUGCCCAGUCCUUCCUGCCCUCCCUCUUCGCCAUUGCCCGCGAAUGGGGCAAGUUGUAUCGGGAGGAGCCUGCCAAACUGGGCAUGUCGUUGCGGGAAACUCUUCUUGUGGCCCUUCUGAGAGAGAUGGCCACCCGGGCCAAGUUGGCAAUGAACCGCGCCGACUCGAAACAGGCCGCUCUGGAUCUCAAGUGGAUCAACUCGAACAACCAGUGGAGCUACAUGCAAUGGAACCCACACACGGCCCAGCUCGAUCUUCUGGAGGAGCCGGCGCCCAGGGAUCACUCGGAGAUCCUACAGGACAUCGAACGGAUGAUCGAGUUGGUGGAUGGCGACACGGUGAAACGGUUUGCAUCAGCCAAGACGCUGGUGGCGGAGCCUCAGUCGGAAUGGGUGGAGUUCAUCCUGGAGGUGGGCCUUCGAGAGAAGGGCCACCAACUAUGGGAUCUCAUCCUGAGAUUCAACCAAUGCUGUGUUCUUCAUCCUCUUGGAGCCCGCAUCCGCAGGGACCGUCCAGGCCUCUCAGGCCUUGCGGAGACCAUCCGCAACAUUUCUGAUGGUGCUUCCUCAGACGGCGCGAGGCUCAGGGCUGCUGUUGUCUCUCCACCAGCACCAAACUCUUCUCCUGCCCUGCCCUUCCGAUGCUCACGCCUCCUUCAGGUCAGCUUGCAUAACGUUGAUGCCACAGCGUGCUAUAUGAAUGCCUCGCUCCUUGCCUUACUGUGGUCUACUCUUCAUACCAGUGUGCCCCAACUGGGAGGUCUUGAGCCAAUACUUUCAUUUCUUGAGGCGCGUCCUGAGCUGCUUUUGUUACGCUGCAUGGCCUGGACCAUGCUUCUGGGGUCGUGGUCCCAGCCACGACGCCAGCAUGACAUGCAUGAGUUCCUCGUCCACCUCAUGCCGAGGUUACGGCUUCCUGCCAUUCAGGGGUACUGGCAACAGCGCAGGCUGGAGGAAGAUGUUGGAGCUGUCGUGUGUGAUACCUCCACCAUGGUCAUACCCAUCACGCUGGACCUCCCUGAGGGAACCAGGGGACUACAGCACUGCAUACAGGCUUGGCACUCCAGUCACUACCGAUCGGCGAUUACUGGUGACCCUCCGGAACUUAUCUGCUUGCACCUCUCCCGCUUUAGGCAGACCGAUGGGGGUGUCAUCGUCAAGGACGUGCAGGCCUUACCAGACAUUCGAGAGGUCAUCCGUCUACCCGUCUUUCGCUCGCCUGCGGACAUAAGCGUGCGAUGGUGCCCAUACCAGGUCUGUGCUGCGUCGCUGCACUUCGGCCCGACCGUUGAGCGGGGGCACUACCGAGCACUGCUUCGAAGCAAGGAGAAAAUCUGGAUCACUGAAGACAAUCGCGGUGCUCAACUUCUCUCUUGCACUGAGCUCACUUCGCUCACGCCGCACAUCUAUCUGCUCUGGUGCGUGCCUGACUCAGGCCUGCCGAUGGCCGCUGGAAAUCGGACUACGCUGUGCAAUUGA